CCUGAAAAUGGACAUAAUUUGUAGAUAAUGAGGUGAAUAAAGAUGGGUAUCUUUUUCUCAGCCCUGUAACCCAACUCUCUCUUUCCUGCCUUUUUUUCGCCUUUUCAGUAGGGGAAUUGCAAGAUUUGAGUCUGACAGAGUGCUAUCCCCUUGUAUAGAUUGAUGAAUCCCCUGGGUAGAUAGAUCAUACAAAUAAAGACAGAUUCUUCUUUCCUUUGCUGUGUAGAGAUGAUCAUGAAGCACGUGCACACUCGGGUUUUAGUCACAACAGGAUUUGUCUGAAAAGAAUACCACCUUCACAGUGAAUUCCAUAAGUCACCCGUAAAGCUCCGUCAUACGCGUUUCUCAACGGUUCUAGCUCUUUCAUGGGUUGAGCGAUCACCCUAAUUCCCGCAUAAUUCACAAGUAACCUCAGAUACAUAAUAUAUUUAUUUCCAAGAAAACCGAUGGCGACGUACUUUCAUGGCAAUUCAGAAAUCCAAGCAGCUGAUGGCUUACAAACCCUCGUCCUCAUGAAUCCAGCUGGUUACGUCCAAUACUCCGACAGGCCACCACCGGCACAGUCCGCAGCCAACAACUUCGUCUUUCUAAAUUCUGUCGCCGCGGCUGCUGCUGCCAGCUCCUUAAACUUCCCUCACGCGCCGCCACCCCACACCCAGCAGUUCGUCGGAAUCCCUGUACCCACCUCUGCUUCACCCGCAUCCCAUGACCCCAAUUCUCAACCCAUGCACUCCCACCACGAGAUCUCCGCCUUGCAUGGCUUCGUCCCUCGGGUUCAGUACAAUCUUUGGAACUCAAUUGACCCAAACGCGGCGGCGCGUGAGACCCCACGGUCACAGCAGGGACUGUCUUUGAGUCUGUCUUCACAACAACCUGCGUAUGGGUCAUUCCGGACCGACCGUGAAGUUCCAUCACAGUCUCAAGCGCCGGCCAUUUCCGGGGAAGAUAUGCGGGUUUCUGGUGGAUCACCUUCUUCAGCUUCGGGGGUUACUAAUGGUAUGCGGAGUGUGCAGCUGAGCUCUAAGUACUUGAAGGUUGCUCAAGAACUUCUUGACGAGGUUGUGAAUGUCGGUAACGGAAUUAAGAGUGAGAUACUAAAGAAGGCUAAUGGGCGGACUACGGUGAUGGGAGAAUCAUCGGUGGCGGCGAGUGGUGAAGGUUCGGUUGGCGGUGAAGCAAGUGGAAAGCGUGCUGCCGAGCUAUCAACGGCCGAGAGGCAGGAAAUUCAGAUGAAAAAGGCAAAGCUUAUUAACAUGCUUGAUGAGGUGGAACAACGGUACAGACAGUACCACAACCAGAUGCAGAUUGUGAUUUCCUCGUUCGAACAAGCGGCCGGAAUAGGCUCGGCAAGAACGUACACAGCCCUUGCAUUACAAACAAUCUCAAAGCAGUUCCGGUGUUUGAAGGAUGCAAUAACAGGCCAAAUUCGAUCGGCAAACUGGAGCUUAGGAGAAGAAGAUUGCCUAGGAGGCAAGAUCGAAGGUUCAAGACUCAAAUACGUCGACCAUCAUCUUCGACAACAACGAGCACUCCAACAGUUGGGAAUGAUCCAGCACAAUGCUUGGAGACCCCAGAGAGGAUUGCCUGAAAGAUCAGUUUCUGUUCUCCGUGCUUGGCUUUUUGACCACUUUCUCCACCCAUAUCCGAAGGACUCAGACAAGCAUAUGCUUGCAAAGCAGACAGGGCUUACUAGGAGCCAGGUGUCUAAUUGGUUUAUCAAUGCUCGAGUUCGGCUUUGGAAGCCAAUGGUGGAGGAGAUGUACAUGGAGGAACUCAAGGAGCAUGAGCAUAAUGGAUCAGAGGACAAAAUAAGCAAGAGCAAUGAAGAUUCAGCAUCAAAGUCCAUUGCUCUGCAAGAGAAAUGUCCUGCUACUGAAAAUCAAACCAAAGGUUUCAAUUCGAAACAAGAGAAUUCUGCAAACCAGGGCGUGGCUCCUGCAAUUUCAAUUUCCAAAGCUUCAACAUCUCCGGUUGGAGGAAAUAUUAGGAACCAGACUGGAUUCACUCUCAUUGGAUCAUCAGAAUUGGAAGGAAUCACACAGGGAAGUCCAAAGAAACAGAGGAGCAAUGAGAUGCUGCAUUCUCCAAGAAGUGUUCCAUCAAUAAACAUGGAUGUCAACUCUAAUGAGGCAAGCAAUGAGCAAGUUUCUAUGAAAUUCGGGGAUGAGAGGCAGAGCAGAGAUGGAUACUCAUUCAUGGGAGGCCAAAUGAACUUCAUUGGAGGUUUUGGGCAAUACCCAAUUGAGGAUAUAGGAAGGUUCGAUGCUGAGCAGUUUGCACCAAGGUUUUCUGGCAAUGGUGUUUCUCUUACACUUGGUCUCCCCCACUGUGAAAACCUCUCCUUGUCCGCAACCCACCAUACAUUUCUCCCUAACCAGAGCAUUCAACUGGGAAGAAGAGUAGACAUCGGUGAACCCAAUGACUUCGGUGCCAUAAGCACCUCCAACCCUCACUCUUCAGCUGCAUACGAGAACAUCAACAUUCAGAACCCAAAGAGGUUUGCAGCACAAUUGUUGCCCGACUUUGUGGCAUGAAUAACAGCAUCCUUGAAGAUAUGAGAUUGGUGGCGUCAUGGGUUAAGGGUAUCUUUCACAAUUUCUUCCUCUUCCCUCUAAUACCAAGGAACCAGGAAAAUGCAUGGUAGUGUAGAGAAAAAAGAAUAUUUACUCUGGUAUAGGUUUAUACUUCGAAUAGAACCAUUUGAGUUCCUCGACAACUUAGGAUUUGAGAGCAUAUGGUUGAGGAUUGUAUAUUAUUUUUGUAAGUUUUGAAGAUGGAUAGAUGGAUGAUGUCAUAAAGAUUAGUUAUCUAGCUGGAUAUACAAUAAUAUUAAUGAUUGUAAUUA